GGAGCUUACAAGCGACUUGUAGGGUGUCUGGAGAUAUUUCUAAAAUUAUUAUUUUAUGUAUUUUUGGUUUGAAAUUGGAGGGGGGUGGGGGCUAAGGCCCUUGGCCCCUCCGGCUCCGACUACCCUGUAAUCUCUUGUCAAAGUAAGGUAAUAUUUGUUUAUCAUUUUAAAAGUGGCACGCGACAUGCUCAAUCUUGAUUAGAGAAGUCUUCAUGCAGUAUAUGCUCGUUCCUUAGCUCGCGUGAUGGUUUGUUCGACUGUGCGUUAAUUCUUUUUAUGCUAAAAAAUAUGAUGGUUUUUUUUUUCAGACUCUAAAUCACACUGACCACGAUUGUCCAUUGACCAUAAUCUCCUGCCCUUAUGAAAAGAUGGGAUGUGAAACAAAGGCGUGUACUCAAUGAGAACAGGUUCAACGAAGGCAAGUGGAAUUCCAUGUUCAGUCUGCUAUGAAACUCCAUCUUGACUUAGCCUGUGUUAAGUUAAAUGAUACAGAAGUAAAAUUAAAUACAACACAGGCUAAGCUAAAUGACACGCAAGAGACGACAACACGACUGAUGGAGAAACUCGACAACCUCCAGAGACGGUUUGAAGAAAGAAAUAUCAAUGAGGAAAUAGUGAUGGCAAGAAAUGAAUCGUUGGAAUUCCCAAGGGCGUUUCUUUGGAAGGUUGACAAUUUUAUCGAAAAUUUGCGACAAGCAACUGCUGGUAGACACCGACUAGCUUCUACUCCAUUCUACACAGAAAGGUAUGGCUACAAGCUAAGACUGUCAAUUGUUCCCAAUGGUGAUGGGCGCGGAAAGAAUACUCACCUAUCAGUGUUCAUCAUUGUCAUGAAAGGUGAAUAUGACACCAUAUUAACCUGGCCUUUCAAAAAGGAAGUGAAGUUUACAUUGAUCGAUCAACAAGAAGAUCCAGUCGAACGGCAGAACGUUAUCAGGAAGUUAACAGGCAAUUCACUAAAAAGUAACUAUGACAGACCUAUAGGAGGAGAGAACAAAGGGCGGGGAUUUCCUGAAUUCAUAACUCACGAGAAACUUCAUUCAAGGCGCUAUAUUCUGGAUGACACACUGUUUCUUCAGGUUGAGGUCGGCCCUUAACCCUUUUUAACUUCCCUCGCUUCCAUCUCUGAGCGGGUCUCGGCCGAAGAAACAGAGAAAUUACGUUUAAGAGCAUUUGCCCAAAAUGGGUUUUGUUUCAUUUACAGUCAGUUUCUUGUCUUGUUGCCUUGGUUCAGACCAAACAAACCUUUUGUGCGUACCCGCGCUCCGUUCCCACGAAAUAAUUUACUCUAUCGUAGGAUAAGGGUGGAGGAAAACAAGCUAACAAAGCGUAUGUUAAUUAUAAAUGAAAAAAGCAAGGUUUUUUCAUGCCAAAACUCGGAGACAAAGUUGUUAAUUGCAGUGCAAGUGCCGAAACAACUUAACAGUUUAGUAAGGAAAGAAAGCUCUCCAAAUCAUUUAAAUAAAGGCCAAACGAUGUUAUUAUCCACUGUUGAGUGGUAAAGAACUAUAUCAGCCUGUAACUGCAACUUCUGUAAUAGUAUUACGUAGCGAUUACUCCCUAAAUUAUACUCCACACGGUCCAAUUACUUUUACUAAUAAUGACUUUGCAAAUCGCUAUUCACCAAUUAAGAGCUUUUUUCCUGGUAUGAAGCUUGAAAAGUGAAUUGUGGAGAAUAAAACACUCCAUGAUUAA